AUGUACAAUAGAGAUUUUCGUAUCCGGGUGCAUCGUUCUCGAGGUGAUAGUGGGCAAAACGAAGCCGAAAGAACCAACUCCGCAAUCAGAGAUGCCGUUGUUGAUGGUGCUACCAUCGAAUGGGAACAUUACGAGCGCUUUGAUGGUUUACAAGAUAAUGAAAUAGCAGCCAUGUCCCUUCAGGAUUAUGAAAUCCACGAAGCCCAAAGAAUGGAAAAGAAUGCAUGGAGAGUUGCCAACCAGCUGGCGGAAAGGAUUGAUGGCGCACCUGUCUUAUCUGAGUUUAUUCAUAGCUGUGUUUCGGAAAAAACAGAAGAUUCAUUCUUUUUUAACGAAGAUUAUCUGUCAAAGUAUAUGAGUGCAACAAAGAAUGUUAGAUCACAUCUUCCAGGAUCAGCUUACUUUAACAAGAUAUCCGACUUUAUGGACACGCAUGUCCAAUCGGGAGAAUUAUACAGUGAGUUCCUGAGAGACUCAUGUCAGAAAACAGACGGCUCAUUGUGUCAAUACUGUUCUGAAAAUCGUUGGGUUGGACCUGUCAUGACAAGAAUUCCUAGACCAAUUCCAGAUUACUCCAAACUAACAGACUAUAGUUACAAAUCUGUUCUUGACACUUCGGUUUUGGACAGUGAUGGGAAGGAACGAAAACCUGAUGACUGGCAACCAAGACAUAACAUUAGGAAACAGUAUGAGCAAAAGAAUCUUAGUGCAGAUGAUGUUGAUGGGGUAAAAGAAUUUUCGAAGAAGUUUAUCGUUGAGGAAAAGUAUGUCAAGUCCUAUCUUGAUCACUUGACCAGUUUGGAAAAUCUUAAGAAAAUCCGGGAUCGACAGCGGCAAAACGACCGAAGAGAAAGGCAGCAAAAAGAUGUGUCUUCAUAUAACUGGAAAUCGCUUGUGGAAGAUGGAAAGCUUGCCUCUCUUACAGUACCUGAACUGGACAAAUACCUCGAGCAUUAUCAGCUGCCCAAGAAUGGUCGUAAAAACGAUAAGAUGAGAAGGAUAAUUGCUCACUACUUCAGCGAGAACGGCGAACAAAUUCCAGAGAACUUUGCCAUAAAUAGAGAAGACGACAAUGAAAGUGAAAGUGGAAGCGAUGAAGAUUUGCUAAUAUAUGAAAGUGAGAGCAGUGACAAUAAUGUGACUAGUGAGAGCGAGGACAGUGCGACGGAUAGUGUUUGUAAUCCACCAUCGUUAGUAUCUCGAAGUGGUCGCAGAGUUGGUCAUUGGCGAACCUGUUAUGCAAAUUAA